UCAAUAAAUGUGUAGGCUACGUUGUGGUGCUGGUGCACAGCCUAGAAAUUGUGUAUUGUAAUGUAGUGUAGUGGAGUGGAAAAUUGUACAUCUGAGAUAUAUUGUAGGUUAUUUGACUCGUAUGUAUCGAAGAUUUGUGUAUUGAAAGUAGUGUUAUAAGGAUAAACUUUAUAGAUUAAUAAUUCAAUAAUGGCAGUGAGCCUUAGGUUGUUGUCGGCUUGUUCCUCUUUAAUAACUAAUAAGACUUUAGUUUCAGCUUCGAAAUCUUGUGUUUUUAGAAGCAAUUGUCUUUUAAAUCGAGGUAUCAAACGUUAUGUUAGAGCAGUUAAAACUGAAAUGAAGAGAAGAAAAGAUAAAAUGGAUCCACAACCUCCUCAUCCAAGAAAUACAUAUGCUGAAUGGAAUUACAACUCUGAACUGUUUGCAUUUGGUAAGAGAUUGGGUGAAGAUUUCAAUAAAGAAUUUUUGCAACAAGCCUUUGUUGAACGGUCUUAUAUAAUUUCAGAAGAGGAGAAACAAAAGAAGGUAGGCAUUGAGGAACCACAAAUAUUACUUAAAGACAAUAGAGAGUAUGCAGAGAAAGGAGAAUAUAUUAUUGCAGAAUAUUCAAAGAGGUAUCUAAGAACAGUUUAUCCUAGGUUUCCUGAAGAAGGGAUUUGUUCUGUUAGUGAUUAUUUACUGAGUGAUGAUGUGUUGGCAGACAUCUCAAUCCACAUUGGAACUUCUGAUCUAAUCUUAACACCUGAUUACCCACCAUCAGAUAAAACACUAGCUAAUGUUUUGAAAGCAGUGGUUUAUGCUUUAAGUUUAAGCUCAGGUGAGGAUAAAGCAAGUAUAUUUGUUCGUGAUUUCAUUAUCACAUACCUAUCUGGCAAAGACAUCAAUGAGCUGUGGAGCAUCAAGAAUCCUGAAAGUGUUUUGGCAUCUAUUCUUGAAAGAGAAGGUAAAAGUUCUGUAGAACCACGAUUAACAGGAGAAGCUGGAAAGAACACAAUUCUUUCUGCAUUUCAAGUUGGUCUUUAUUGUAACAAGGAACUGGUUGGUAUGGGAUUUGGAGAAAGUAUACCUGUUGCCAAGGAAGUUGCAGCAAUGGAUGCUUUGAAACGAUUGUUUCAUACCACUGAGCGUGCUAAACCAAUCCCCUUUGAUUUAGUACUUGCCUCAGACAAAAAGGAACCUUUUGCUAAUAUUAGUAUUGAAGACUGGUGUGAGAAAAAUAUAAAAUCCAUGGUAACUAAACAUUAAGCAUGCGUCAGUAUGUUUGUGAGUAGAAAAGUUUAACGCAAAUAUUUGUUUGAAUAAAUGUUUUAUAAUUGGCA